GUCGAUGGCUCUGAGCUUGUUGGGCGUCAUUCCGGGUCAUCGUUGCCUGGGCUUUUGCCUCACGCAAUUCAUCGCGGCCCUUUGCGCUUCAGCCUUGCUGAAGGGCUUGUGCGGCGUGGGGGGCUCGGCCUUCCGCAGCGCCAUGGAGGUGGAUGAUCCACCUUUACCUGGGAGCUUGCUGAUGUUCUUGGAGUUGUUAUACACUGCGGUGCUUUGUUUUGCUGCAAGCUGCUGCCUCGUUCUCAAGCGCAACAACCCCAAGGAGAAGAGUCAAUCCUUUGGUUUGGCCAUCGGUCUACUCUAUGUCGCAGGGGGCCAUGCCCUACACCUGGAACGGGGCGCAACAAUGAACCCGGCAAUCACCCUGGCAGUGGCCACGGUCGCACCUGGCGGCUGGCACUGGGCUCUGCCCUGGGCCUUAGCAGAGUUCCUCGGCGCCCUCCUGGGGACCUACCUCUUUGCGGUGCUGCGCGCCAACGCGGAGGACUUUUGUCAGGAGGAGUUCCUGGAGCUUUGCGCACCCCGUCGGUCAGCACGGCUCCUGGGCGAGCUGAUUGGCACCUUCACCUAUGUGCUCACCUUUGGCUUGAACGCUGUCAGCUUGUCUGAGGCAACGGCGUGGUCCUGUGCCGGCGCGUUGAUCAGCAUGAUCUACGCAGUGGGAAAGAUCUCUGGGGGGCACUUUAACCCUGCUGUGACACUCGCAGUGGUGCUGAGUGGACGAUCCGUGUGUUCGGUGGCCGAUGGGCUGGCCUAUGCAGCCGUGCAGGUCUGCGGUGGCUUGGCCGCGGGGCUUCUGGUAGCGGUUUAUCACAUGAACGGGCCCUACUUCUUUCUAUCUUUCACGCCUCUACCUGCGAAAGCAUGGAGGGACUACAGCGUGGUGCAAGUCGGCCUCGCGGAGGGAGUCUUCACUUUUGUGCUGGCCUAUGUUGCACUCGCUUGCUCCACGGUCGCGAUGCCGAAGGCUCACAAGCGACAGAACCUCUUCUUCGGCCUCGCGGAGGGCUUCUGUGUGAUGACGGGCGGCUGCGCGGUGGGCACCUUCAGCGGGGGCAUGUUGAACCCGGCCGUGGCCGUGGGCGUUUGGAUGCUGAACGUGGCGGAGAUUCAUUCCAUUCAGGAAGCUGGCAAUGGCUUGUGUACGCUCUUGAAGUUCAGUACGCUCCAGUGCACUGGAGGCCUCAUUGAGGCUUGUUGGCAGCGGUGGUCUUCCGCAUUACCCAUCCGAGUGAAUACUGCAAGGCUCCGUUGCUGGUCCGCUGAGGGGAACUUGAACCACAGCACCGAUGAGGGCCACCUGUACAAUUAGACAUUGGAAGAUCUAUGAUCUGAAGAAGUUUUGGACCAACAAAAACAACAAAAAAGGAUAACAAGGGCACUUCUACCAUCGUCCCUGGAGACGAAGCCAGACUUGAACCCGUGUCUGACGCCGUGUCGCCCAACUGGGUCCACAGUUCCGAAGCUCCACGGAACUGCUGUGCCGUUGAAGGA